UCGGAUUUUGAAAUUGCGAACCUUGUAUUUUCUGUAUUGGAAUAAAGGGUGUAGUUUAUUCCAUUACAUCUUUACUGUCUGAAGACAUUGGUAUUGGAAUCCAUCUUAAAUCUGUGUCGAGAUUCUCCCAUCGUUAGCUGACGAUGUUUGUCCGAGGAAUGAUUAUAUUGACAAUGCCCGUGCUAGUUUUUCUAAAUGUGAGUGUUUCUGAUAAUGAUGUCACAAUCCUGAAUAAUGUGAAGUACGUACACGGGUUUAAGUUACGUACUGGAGUGUUCCGUGUGUUUGAUAACUCGUCUUAUACUGGAUGUGUUAGAGAAUGUCUACUUCGCCGACACUGCCUAGCGAUAACGUAUCACCUUACAGAUAUCUACUGCCACCUAGGGAGCCAGGCCAAUGACCUUGAAAUGGUCAGUGAUAACAAGAUGAUAUCCAGCCACCCUAUAGAAUGGGAUCCACCCAAGAGUAUCGCAGGCAAUUGCUCCGAAAACCCAUGUGCCACAGGACAGAGAUGUACUCAAUUAACCUCGGGGAGAGUCGUCUGUGUUUAUACGGAAUGUUCAGAUCCGGAGGAAGUGACGUCGUAUUUUACGCCUAGUUCACGAUCUGUCGGUGUGACCAUUGCUUAUGAAUACGUUUCAAACGCUUCAUCAUCCGGUACAUCCAUCAUUUUCGGAAAUCCAAAUAUCACGUGUAAGGCUGAUGGCACGUGGACGAAUUCGAACUUUACAGUACUUCUGUGCCCGACAGACUUCCAAAUCGUAGCAGGAGCCUAUUGUAUCCUGCUGGUGACAAACCAGUCUCUGACUGCUGCUGCUGGUGAUACGUACUGUCAGACAAAGGGGAGCCGUCUAAUUUGGAUGACAAGUGUGGAAAAAUUCGACACCAUCGUAUCUGUCAUUGAAUUCGGAAGAUACUUUUUGGCGGGAUCUGACGCGGAUGUUGAAGGCACAUGGAGAUUGCCUGACGGCGAGGAGAUGACAUGGGCUCACAGCCGGGCGAAAAUCAUCGACACGGAGAGUGAAGACUGCAUUACUUAUGACGAUAGUUACGGCAAGCUGAGAGACUACUCCUGCACUGGAACACACUUUAUUAUAUGCGAAAUCGUAUGAAACUAAACGACUUGAGGUAGAAUAGGAUACCGAUCAGUGUAGAAUUUGGUGACCUGUCUGUGUAGAAUUUGGUUACCUGUCAGUGUAGAAUUUGGUAACCUGUCUGUGUAAAAUUUGGUUACCUGUCAGUGUAGAAUUCGGUUACCUGUCAGUGUAGAAUUUGGUAACCUGUCUGUGUAAAAUUUGGUUACCUGUCAGUGUAGAAUUCGGUUACCUGUCAGUGUAGAAUUUGGUAACCUGUCUGUGUAUAAUUUGGUUACCUGUCAGUGUAGAAUUUGGUAACCUGUCUGUGUAUAAUUUGGUUACCUAUCAGUGUAGAAUUUGGUUACCUGUCUGUGUAUAAUUUUGUAACCUGUCAGUGUAAAAUUUGGUUACCUGUCAGUGUAGAAUUGAUAACCUGUCUGUGUAUAAUUUUGUAACCUGUCAGUGUAAAAUUUGGUUACCUGUCAGUGUAGAAUUUGGUAACCUGUCAGUGCAAAAUUUGGUUACCUGUCAGUAUAGAAUUUGGUGACCUGUCAGUGUAGAAUGUAGUUACCUGUCAGUGUAGAAUUUGGUAACCUGUCUGUGUAGAAUUUGGUAACCUGUCAGUGCAAAAUUUGGUUACCUGUCAGUAUAGAAUUUGGUGACCUGUCAGUGUAGAAUUUGGUAACCUGUCUGUGUAGAAUUUGGUUACCUGUCAGUGUAGAAUUUGGUUACCUGUUUAUGUAGAAUUCGGUUACCUGUCAGUGUAGAAAAUUUGUUGUGGGACCAACGUUUUCCUCAACGUCAGGAAGGACGGAAAGAUAUAAACAAUUUGGAUAUAUAAGGAACAAUGCAAAUCAUUGGUGAAACUACUAUUAAAUAGAUAUUGAAUUUUACUGAGAAUUCGCAAAUGAUGAACUGAAUCUUCGAUUUGAAACAAUCAUCAGCAUUACAAUUUAUGAAAUGAUAAUU